AAGCCGGUGUGUGUGGAGGCAGCGCGGCUGGAAAGAGUGAGUGAGCGGCAGAGCAGGCGUGAUGGCACUGCUCAGCGUGUGGGAGCCUUGGGAAAUCAGGAGUUGAUUUCUACAGUUGAGUCUUGAAGAGGAACCCUCUCUCAUUACAGAUCUGAAAGCUUUCUGGGGUUUCCUGCCAGAGCUGGAUGCUAGAGAAAUUUUUUACAUUUCUCUGGAGAGUGAAGUGACCAAAUACUACUGAGUUUGUCAAAGAAAGCAGUCACAGAUGUUGGAAAGUGACCAUGAGGAGUGAAGAAAUUACACUUCUGAUACUUGAAAGUUAGUGACUGCUUACCACCUUUCCAUGAAAAUUAAGUAUGACUUAGAAGCGUUGAAGGUUUAUGAUGUCAUCGGUUUCGACAGAAAGCAAACUCCAGCAGGCUGUGAGCCUGCAGGGAGUUGACCCAGAAACAUGCAUGAUUGUAUUUAAAAACCACUGGGCACAGGUUGUGAAAAUCUUAGAGAAGCAUGAUCCCUUGAAGAACUCCCAGGCAAAAUACGGGUCCAUCCCUCCAGAUGAGGCCAGUGCUGUGCAGAACUAUGUAGAACACAUGCUCUUCUUGCUCAUUGAAGAACAAGCUAAGGAUGCUGCAAUGGGGCCAAUUUUGGAGUUUGUGGUCUCUGAGAACAUAAUGGAGAAGCUCUUCCUCUGGAGUUUGAGACGGGAGUUUACCGAUGAGACUAAAAUGGAGCAACUCAAGAUGUAUGAGAUGUUGGUCACCCAGUCACACCAGCCUCUGCUGCAUCACAAACCCAUUCUGAAGCCUCUGAUGAUGCUGCUCAGCUCUUGUUCGGGAACGACCACUCCUGCGGUGGAGGGGAAGUUGGUUGUCCUGCUCAAUCAGCUCUGUUCCAUCCUUGCCAAAGAUCCUUCCAUUCUGGAGCUCUUUUUCCACACUAGUGAGGACCAAGGGGCUGCCAACUUCCUGAUCUUCUCCCUCUUGAUUCCCUUCAUUCAUCGCGAAGGGACAGUUGGCCAGCAAGCUCGGGAUGCUUUGCUGUUUAUCAUGUCUCUCUCUGCUGAGAACAGCAUGGUGGCCCAUCACAUCGUGGAGAACACCUAUUUUUGUCCAGUGCUUGCAACCGGUCUCAGUGGGCUGUACUCCUCCCUGCCCACGAAGCUGGAAGAGAAAGGCGAGGAGUGGCACUGCCUCCUGAAGGACGACUGGCUCCUGCUUCCUGCCCUCGUGCAGUUCAUGAACUCCCUGGAGUUCUGCAAUGCGGUCAUUCAGGUGGCUCACCCCUUGAUUCGCCAUCAGCUUGUCAAUUAUAUCUACAAUGGAUUCUUGGUCCCGGUCUUGGCCCCUGCUCUUCAUAAGGUGACUGUGGAGGAAGUCAUGACCACAACUGCAUAUCUGGACCUUUUCCUGCGCAGCAUCUCGGAGCCAGCACUGCUGGAGAUCUUCCUCCGUUUUAUCCUGCUGCACCAGCAUGAGAAUGUUCACAUUCUGGACACUCUCACAAGCCGAAUCAACACCCCUUUUCGGCUUUGUGUGGUGUCCCUGGCAUUAUUCAGAACGCUCAUCGGUUUACAUUGUGAAGAUGUGAUGUUACAACUAGUUUUAAGGUACCUGAUCCCCUGCAACCACAUGAUGCUGAGCCAGAGGUGGGCUGUGAAGGAGAGAGACUGCUACUCGGUGUCUGCUGCCAAGCUGCUCGCCUUGACGCCUGGCUGCUGCGCCAGCGGCAUCACCCUGACGCUUGGGAACCAAGAGCGGGACUAUAUUCUCUGGUCGAAGUGCACGCAUGAUGGCUCAGGGCCUGCAGAGCCGCCACCCGAGGCAGCCUCGCCCUCGGCCUGCAUCGUGGAGUAUGGGAAGGCCUUGGACAUCAGCUACCUGCAGUACCUGUGGGAGGCCCACGCCAGCAUCCUGCGCUGCAUGAGGGACUGCCGGGUCUGGUCCGCACUGUACGACGGGGACUCGCCCAGCUCUGAGACGUUUCUGCACAGUGUGCCGGAGGACAGCUUCGGGCACACAGCCUCCCCCGGGUCCCAGCUCCCGCCAGACCCAGGGACGGGGGGCUCUCAGCGGGCUCCAGCCAAGGAAAAAGGCCACACAGAGCUGGAGUGGGAUGACAGCUACGACACAGGCAUCUCCUCGGGGGCUGAUGUCAGCUCCCCUGGGGCUUAUGAUGACCUGGACACUUCUGGCCCCCCUGUACCCAUUGAUCCCCCCAAACACAUCCAGGAGAUGAAGAAGAACGCCAUCUUGCUCUUCAAAGGCUCCUACAUUGAGGAGUCGGACUUCCAGGACGAUGUGAUGGUGUACCGGCUCUGUGCAGAGAAGGACGCAGAGGAUGCCAGGGACUCCCAGGGGGAAACUGCAGGGCCCCCAGCCGAGGCCCGGCCUGAGGCUCAGAGUGACGCUGUGAACAACGGGCCCCUCAGUCCCCAGCCGGAGACGGAUGCAGAGGGGGAGCACAAGAGGGACACUUCAGACCUGCUUCAGAACGUGUCCGAGGACCCAGCACCAGAGAGUGGGUCUGAAGUAGCCCCCGGAUCAGACCCAGAGUUAGCAGCCCCCGCCGCCGAGGCCAAGCACAGUCCAGACCUCCUGGCAAUCAACCCAGAGGGCGAAGACUUCAUCGCCCAGUAUGACCAGAUCAUUAGGGAGCUGGAUUCGGGCUCUGAGAGCUUGAUGGACCAGAGCUUUCCCUCGCCGGAGCCCUCGCUCCUCCUCAAGGAGGAAGAAGGCAGCGGGGGAGAGCGUCAAGGAGGACAGGGGGAGCGACAGGAGGAGCGGGAGAAGGACAUGGAAGAGGACGACGACAACUUCGACUCUUUGCUAGCGGAAGCUCCUCCUGUGGAGAGCGUGCCUUCCCCGUUUGGGGUGAGAGAGGAGACUGCCUGUGGCAGUCGCCAUCCUGUGAGGACUGCGAGCGCUCCGUUCACAGGCCCGUUCAUCAGCGUGGUCCUGUCCAAGCUGGAGAACAUGCUGGAGAACUCACUGCACGUGAACUUGCUGCUCAUCGGGAUCAUCACACAGCUGGCCAGCUACCCCCAGCCCCUCCUGCGCUCCUUUCUGCUCAACACCAACAUGGUCUUCCAGCCCAGCGUGCGCUCCCUCUACCAGGUCCUUGCAUCUGUGAAAAACAAGAUCGAGCAGUUCGCCUCUGUGGAGAGAGACUUCCCAGGCCUCCUCAUCCAGGCCCAGCAGUACCUGCUCUUCCGGGUGGACACGUCUGAUGGGACCCCUGCGGCCCUAACCAAAGAUCCCAUUCCAGAGGCUUCCAAGACCGGAAGUGGCAGGAACCUUUUGGAUGGUCCCCCAAGAGUGCUUCAGCCCUUCCUGACCAACAGAGCCAAGGUGGCCGGGGCGCCCCCGAGCCUGCCCUUGGCGGUGAGGAACACCAUGCUCGCCGCCGCCCUCUUCCCCGAGUUCCUGAAGGAGCUGGCUGCCCUGGCGCAGGAACACUCCAUCCUGUGCUACAAGAUCCUGGGGGACUGCGAGGACUCGUGCUGUUAGUGUUUUUAAAAACGUCUUCACAGGUUGUAGUAUCUUGACUGAAUGUUAAAUGCAAAGCUGCUUGUCAAAUUCUAUUUUGAUGUUUCCUGAUGAUACUUGAUUUACGGAGGAGAUUUCUGCGGCCCUCCUUUCUCCAGCCAGGACUUCUCCUGUGCGUUAUGUAGAAUGUAAGUCUCCGAGCAGAUCGCUCCCCUAGGCAGAUUGCUUUGCUCACUUUUCCCACCUCACACGUUUCGCUCGUUAUCUUCCCAACCCUUUGAAUCACUCCGCCUGCUGUUCAGAUCGAAUGGGGCAGACGCUGGGGCCCACUGAUUUCUGGACGUGCCCCGUGGCAGCAGGCCAGGUUUCGGCAGUACACGAAGGCUCCCAGCAUCUCAACGAUGCUCUGCUGCCCUCUGCAUUUUGGCUUUCAUUUUAUAAAAGGGAACAGUUAAGAUGGAGCUGUUCUUGCCUUCAUCACACAAACACAAGCCCUGUGCCCUCUGAACCUUCCUUCCGGGACUUUGUUCUCUCUGCACGCAUUGCCUUAUGGUAUGGGAAAGCCCCUGGUCCAUCUCUGGGAUGUCCCGUGGCGUUGGAGAGAACCCGGAGUGCAGGGAAUUAUUUCUCGUUGCUGGAGAGCUCUCUUCAGUCCCCGCAACAUUACCGAAACACUGAAGAUGGCCUUAUUUUAGUCAGAUUUGCACAAAUCGAAGUGUGCCUAUGCAAACUGCUACUUUAGCUUUUAAGAGUUUGAUCAAAUGAAGAAAGUGUGGUGUGUACUUAUGCAAGACAGCCAUCAUUAUUUCUUAAAGUGUUUUAAGAGACGUUAAUUUGUGAAGUGCUUCUAUAGCGGGCUUUUUCAGGGGAGAGGCUGGAGUGGGGGCAAAACAUAAAGGUCAGCUAAAUGCAGCCUGUAAAAACUCUGGUCAUUAUUUUGACUUUUUUUUUUUUUCUGGCAAACAUGUUGCACUUUGUAGAGAAAUAGGCACGUGUGCAGCCCACGUUUUGGGAGCUGGGACAUAAAUGCAUCCAGCUCACUGGAGCCCUGCAAAGCCAAGUGCCGCGUGGUGGCCGCUCCACAUAGACACGCUGCUUUCUAAGGACAGCUUCAUUGGAAGCCCCAGCCUGGGUUAUUAGUGCUUCUCACUGCUUUUCAGCCUGCUCUAAGAGGCAAGACUGUCCGCAGAGCCAUGGCCACGUGAAGCUACCUCCAACGGGGAGAUGCACAGAAUAAUGGGGGGUUGAGAAGAUGGCCUUAAGGAGAGAAGAAGGAGACGAAACCACGGGGGUUCAUGGAGAUUACAUUGCACUCAUGUGCUCGGGCCCAGGUCUGUGGGGAGAAGCAAGGAACCGGGACAAGCGUGUGUUUGGAGGGAGACUGGAAGGCCUCCCUGCCAGGCCCCGAGGGCAGCUACGGUCUGCUGGUUGUGCCCGGGGCACUCGUUUGUCUUAAUCAGGCCCCGGUACAGGAGAGAAAUGGGAAGGAGUCACAGCUGAGGCCCUGCUGUGCCAAGGCGAGGCUUGGUGCUUGAGGAUCUUGCAGCGGCUGUAUACUGAGAGAGGUGGAGACAGCCCGGCCUGGAGAGCCAUUUUGCAUUGUUCAUAGCGUAGGCAAGAAGCCAUGUUACCUGUCCUGGCACGUUUCCGACCUCACAUUUGUCUGUCACGAAAACGGGUUUGCUCAGCGGUGGUACCGCAGCCAGGUCAGCUGAGGCACAGCUAACUGGUCUGCUCGUGGCUUCCGGAUGCCUCGCUGUAUUUGCAGAGCCCACAGGUCUCCAGCAGGAAAGAAGGAAGCUUCAGGUAGAAAAAGAGGGAUAGUUAAACUGUAAUAUAGUAUGCUCAAACUGCUCUGCACAGGGAUGUGUCUGGUUGGUUGGACCUGCCAGGUCACAACACGCGGAAGCCGUGUCUGCUAGUGGUGUUCUGCGGCUGCGGGAGCUGGUGUGCUGGCAACUCACCGUGAGUCUGUUUCUUUGUCGUAGAGCACCGUGGGCCCCGUGUGGAAGGUGCCCGUUAAGACAGGGAGUGACUUCGUGCCUGUCUUUUUCAGUAGGUACUGAAGCAGAGUUACUUUAAAAGGAGGACAGAGGCCUGGAAUGGGCAUGAGAGGCAGGAACUUUGUUAGUGGUCAGCUCUGACGACUGCUGUCCUCUCACUUCGGGAGCUGGAGACUGGUUGUUUGUGCAGCCGUCACAGUUCCCCAGGGGCUGUGCCCAGAGUCUUACAAAAAUGAAGUCAGAAAACUGACCCGGCCUGUACUACGGGCGUCAGAAAGCCUGCGUGGUUGGGCACAGUGGCCCAGAAUGGCUCACCUGGGGCAAGCAGCAGAGACCAGAGCUAUCAACAGGCCAGGAAGAGACCCCGAGAAACACUGUCCGAGGCAGCGCUGAAGAUGCCAGACAGGCGGGUGAUGACGGGAGUGCCUUACGGGACAAGAUUGGUCUAAUGAAGAAGGUUCCAGCCAUCAGGUAAACAGGCAAGGCCCUUAGAGGUGUCUUUUUUGUUUUUUUAAUAAGUUUUGGGCAGAGAUUUUAAAGACCUUCGACAUGGCCCAGAAGUGGCUCCUCUCCUGGGAGCAGCCCGCGUCGGCUGCCCUGCUCCUCGACAGAGCAGACCUCCUGAUGAGCCCUGGGCUGCUGUCACUGUCCACCCCAGUGUCUUGGGAGUCAAGGUGAGCGGCGGGUUCCUGGAACAUCACAGCACUCACCUCAGUGCAUAAUUCAGGGUCUGAUUCAGCUGUCUAGACUGAGUGAAUUUUCUGGUUCAAAAUAUGAGAGGCACUGGCAUAUUUAAAAUUGAUUUUCUGCAAUUGUUCAGGCGAAUGUUUGCAAAAUUUUAAACAGCAGUUCCACCUUAGGUCCAGACUAAAGCACAGUUUCAUGGGGGUAAGUGACCGUUUCCCAGCCGUUAAGUGGAGAUGCAGGAAUAGCUCAUCAGAGAUGUGAUUUUCUUACAUCAGUAGAGACUUCCUUUCCCUGGUAUUCAGGGGCACUGUGAAACGGUGCCUGCUUGGUAGAGCAUUAUUUAGAAACUCCUUUGACAUGCUCAGGUUGUCAAGUGGUCAGCCCUUCUCCGGGCCCUCGCAGCGCCCUUCCACAGCAGGGGUUUUGACCAGGGCCAAGUGUGGCUGUUGGUUUUCAGUGCAUGCAGACAUCGUGGGGCCAGGGUGUUGUCAGCAAGUGGCCUCUUGUGCUCAUAAUCAAGAAGCUGGCUGUACGAGUACUGGGGUCCCGUUGCAAGUGUUCAGUGUCUCUGCAGUGUCAUGUGGCCUGACUGCCAGAUCUGUGUAGAGGUUUUGGGCAGUGGAUAAUCACUCUAGCUUGGUGUUCGGGUCACUUUCAGUAGGUGGAUGUCACACGUGUGAUGUUAAACACCUCCCUGCACCCCAGCUGUCCUUUAAGGGCAGUUCCGUUUGACUGCUGUCAGCUCUGCAUUUAGGGAAAUGUCUGUCAUGCUGGCUUCUGUGAAAUACUUUACGGCAGGACAGCUGUGCACUCGCGCCUCAGGUUACCGGCAGGGUCAGCGUGAGGGGAGGGCUGCCGCAGUCCUGGGCCCGUGCAGCAGUCCUGGCUUCUGGAACAGAGCUCCUCUGGUGGCGGAGCCACGGGGUUUUAAGUCAUUCGAGGAGCCAUCCUAGCCCCUUCUUGCUUCAGCCUCCAGCCUGUAACUGACGCCAAACAACAGUGCAGAACGUGUCCCCCAGUUUAUGUCCACGCCACUCACGUCAGCGAGGACGCGUUUUACGAGGAUGGAGUUGAUGUUUUUCCUUUCUUUCUGAAUGACCAUCGUAAACCUUGCAGAAAAAACUCUUGGAAGACUAAGAAUGGGCUUUGGGCUAAUUUCGCCCCAGUAAAUCCUCUCUAUAUUCAAGCACUUUCAGGCCAUGACGUUGUGGAGGACAGAUGAUCCUGGCAGCUCUUUAACUGAGUGAACGGCCUUUCCCAAGAGGCUUUUCGAGAGGCUCUUCAGGGGAAAGGAGGGCCAGGCUGGGGGAGCUUCACCCUCAGCACCCCCGAACUGAUGAUUUUAGCAGGGUGCUCUUCCCCGACCGGCUGUGAAUUGGGCCCCAGGCUUACGGGCCGUGGGUGACCCGAGGCGCUCCCAGGUAAGAGGGCUGACAGCAGCAGGGCUGGCGGCGGGCUCUGCGGCGAUCUCAGGCAGCUCGGGAGGAGCCCGUGUUCGCUGCAUCAUCUCACAGCUGGUGAGGAUGCUGAAGCUCUUGGGCAGAUCACGCGUGCUGGAGCCGAUAUUUUACUGGGACAAGCACACAAAGACUCCCUGUAGCCAAGCCCUCCUUUGCCCUGAAGAUGUUUGAAGGGAGAGAAUACAGUGUUGAUGACCCUGAGUGGUCUUUGCUCGGCCACUUGACGGAGGGACUCGCACGCCUUCCCCUCAUCGCCCCGGCAUGCCUCUGUCUAAAACCUGCUCAGGAAGCCAGCCGCCGCCCCACUACUCCUGGGAAUGGGUAGGUAACCUGCCCCUUCCCCGUCACGGUGAGUCCCUAGAAGAUGCAGCUACACUCAGAUGAGAAAGUCCCUAGUUCUGUACCACACUGACCAACCUAAGCUGAGGGUGCGUGUGCGCCAGGCAGUUGGCGCUCUCCUCGCAGACCAGCAGUAACUAGAGGAACAAAACAUGCGAGAGGUCUCAGGCGAAACCUCCGCUUGGUGAACGACCCGAGUGUUUUUCUGUCUGUACCUUGAGGCACAGAAGUUCCCUUUGUUGCCUAAGCCUGGACAGAUGCAAAAAGCUACUUCCUAGACCCAGUGACCCCAAAUUUAAAAUCCUAGUAGUCAGCAGUGUCUCUUGCAAAGGGGCCCCCACAAAAGACUGUUAAUUUGUGAAUCAGAAAGCUUUUCUGGAAUUCUCCCUCUUUGCUAGGCAGCCUGCUGAGGGCCACGGCUCACAGCCCUGCCUUCCCACCAGAACCAUCCAGCCCGCCUCCUAAGCAACGGAACACGGUUUGGUUGAGGUUUGGCUGGACCAAGUAGAGCUGUUCCAAAGGUUUUCUAGCACCCCGCCCCCGCUGGUAUACACCCAUCAACCUGUGUGUGUGUGUGUGUGUGUGUGUGUGUGUAGGGCUGUCUGUACAGGUGUGUGUGUGACUGUGACAGAUGGCAGUGGCUUCAGUACGGCACCAACUCAUACAUUUUAAUGAGAUUUCCCCUAAAUGGCACAAACAGAAGCAGACUAAAUUUGUACUCAUGGGAGAAUGAAGUUGCGUUUUACCAAGGUGUGUGUAGUGUAGCAGAGCUGUACUUGGUGAGUUUCUUGGGGUGUUAUGUAAAUGUGUCCUUCCAUUAUCUUGUCAGGUUCCCAUCAGAGAUGUGCUACAAAUUUUUUCCUCAUGGUAGUGGUGUCAUCACGCAGUCUGGUUUGGGGGAUUUCAGAAGUGACCUAGAGCAGGCAGUAGUCAGAGCUGGACGGGAAGCAGUCUUGCAGGACGCAGUGUUCGUGAUGGCAGCACUGCUCUGUGGAGCUGGUCGGACGCAGUUUGCACUUGACCUGAAGUUUGGGGAAACCGUCUUAGCUGACUGCACUAGCCCUAGGUUUGAAAUGGUCUGGGAAGAGCCUUCAGUGCUUUUGAUAAGCUUUUGGUGAGAAGCAUUUAGGAAAGAAAACCCAACUUUAUUUUCUCUUACGAAGUAAAGGUCUUGCCAGAUUUCCAUCUCGGGGCGCCGCUGCUCAUUUGUGUUUAACAGACAUGCGGGGCGGGGGAGGCCUCCACCUGGUCUCUUGUAGAAGGGUGAGUGCACGGUACGUUCGCAGCCAGCAGUGUUCAGUGUAACACAAGGCGGGUUACAUGGCUUGCUGGAUUCUUAAACAAAUGUAAAAAGAAAGCUUGUCCUCACGCUUGUCUCAAGUGAACUGCACAACUAGUUUCUUCUCUCUGCUUGCUGCUGUGGCUGGGCGCACGGGGCACUUUCCUCGCUCGCUCAGGGAAGCCCCGAGCACGUCUGCGGCCGGAACAUUGGCUGCUUAGGUGCUGAUGGUGUGCGUGCUUUUCCCCAGGCUCGCUGGUCCCCACAGACCUGCCUUUUCUUGUUCCUGGUAGGCCAGGAGUGAAUUUUAAAAAUCAGGGCCUCUGAAGACUUGUUCCCCGUAUCAGUUUACAGGUACUUUUAAAAAAGAGCUUUUGCAGCUGUGUGCGCGACACACCUGCAGCCCAGCACUGAGGGAGACAGAUCACAAGUUCAAGUCCCUCCAAGGCAGCUCAGUGAGACCCGCCUCACAACUGAGAAAGGGCCGCGCAUGGAGCUCGGCGGUGGUCCCUGCUUUUGAUUCCUACUACUGGGUGCGGCCGAGGGGAAUGAUAACCCAGCAUUUGCAAAACUGGUCUUUAACCCAUGUAUGCCAAAGGUUGCAGGUUUUUGAAUUUUUGCACUAAAUUCAUAUGUUAUAAAAUAUAUAUAUAUAUAUCAAGGAACAAGAACUUGAAGAGAAAAAAUUUUAUGUCCCAUUGUUAUGUGCCGUUCCAAAAAUGGAACACUAGACAUAAAAGGAUUAAAGGAAGCAUUGUGAGCCUGAGGCACUAGACAUGCAAUGAACAAAGGGGCCCUGUGACUGAGGGAGUGUUACUGUCACGCAGACAGGGGCAGAGGCAGCGAGGCCUUCAUUGCCGUGCUGCCAACUGCUCCUCAGUUACUGGAAGGUCAAGAUUUUGAUUUACUCACUUGCAAUCUUGUUCUUUUCAAGCAAAACAAAUCCAUGUUACAGCUUUCCUUCUUUUUGUCCUGACGGUGUGGGGGGUGUCAAUCUUACACAAUCUUUGAAGUGUAAGUUAAUUUUUACGUGCUAUUUCAAUAUAUAUUUUAUUCAUUAAAUUUAUUUGAAAACAG